AAAUCAUAAAACAUAACAACAUAUUGUGGCGACGAAAAAAAAAAGUGAAGACUGUAAACAAAUACUAAACAGUGUUUUCGAAUUUACUAUUUCAACGCUGUUUAUUGCUAUCAUGUCAGCUCCUACAUCAACUUCAAGUGCAAGAAAUCUUUUUAUUGAAUCUAAAGCUCGUUUGUCAGAUAGAAUUCAAGUCAACGUAAACAAUACAGGUUCGAUAGCAAAGCAGAUAGUCCGUGGAUCUAAAUCUAACGAGACAUUAAUGCACACUGCUAGAAACUUUGCUUUACAAGAGUAUGCUUUAGAAAAUUCAGAAACUAAUUUGAAGAGGAUGCAGCUGUUGACAAAUCACUUAAAUUUGCAAUUGGACAACAUUCAAAAAAGUGCUCUACUUAUUGAGGAUGUGAAGGAACAAUUGCAUCAAAUCCUUUCAUAAUCUUAUUACUGAAUGUCAUUUUGAAUAUUUUUAACAUAUCUGAAACAUAAGAUCUUUUUUAUAUUCUUUUGUUUUGUAAUGCAUGAGUCUAUUACAAGAAUAUUAUUUAUUAAAUGUAUAUAUGAAUAUGUAUAAUGAAUGUAUAUAAUUAAAUAUUCUCAAUUCAUUUGACUUA